AUGUCGCUCAAGUCGAUUCUGAUGGAGAAUGCGCCAUCGAUAACGCGCGGCGAUGUGCUGCAUGACAUGGAUACAGUUACAGUGGCCGAUGCAGAAUCAGAAGUAUCUGCAGAUAUGAUUCUGCGUAGCUUUGAUAAGAUCCUCGAUAUUGUCACCAAACUUGAUGACCAAAACCAUUCACAAAUUCUUUCAAAUGAGGUUAAUUAUUUACGUCAACUCGUUGAUAACAAACUUGAUAAACUUGAUAAGCUUUCAGCUAUUGUGGCGGAAGUUCUUGAAAACAAAAACCAACAAGCAAUUCUUUCAUCUCUUCAUGCGAUGCAAAAUGAACAAGACGCGCAUAAUGGAUCCGAGGGUGGUGAUGCCGCAUCCAAUGUCGAUCAACCGGGAGUACAUCUCGAUAGUAAUAUGGAUCCGGAAUUGCAUCAAGUGGCAGUGGCUGCUGCAGCGGUAAGGGCUCAACAGCACGUUUCUGGGUCAUCCAUUCUUCAUCAUCAUGCACCAUCAAAUCAACAUGCAUCAACUGCAUUAGAUGGCGACGAUCGCAAACGCACAUUUUCUGAAGACACAAAUGGUAACACCAGUAGUAAAAAACCGAAAAUCACCAUUGACUUUUUACACAAUCCAAUGACGGUUCGUGAAAUCUACGAUGAAUUUACAAAAGGAUUUCGAGGCCAACCUGCUUUAUGUGAAUUAGAUGCUCGAUUUGGCAAGCAUGAAUGGCGUGGAGAUCUGCGUUCAAAACAAUCAAAACGGUAUCAACGACGUAAAAAACUUUGCGAUGCCAUAACUCGAGGAAUGCAAAAGUACGAUAAAUCAGCAGACGAAAUCAUUGGUUAUAUAGAAGAGUUUCGCGGAGAUAAGCUGCUUACGUGGGUGAUGAAUGGCAACCUUCCUGCUGACCUUAUGGGAUGA